ACAAACUGUAUAUCGAUAGGGGAAAAUAGAUAUCGAUGCGAUAAAAUAGUCAGUCGAAAACAGUGACGAAACAUUUGGGACGUGCUGGAAUAUUUAUUAGAAUUAAAUCGAAAAGAAUCCAGAGUAAUAAUCAUACGAAAUGAAUUCAACCGCGUGCAAGUAUUACACGGAAAGAACUCUGGGUUGGAUGUUGAACAACAAAACGAUAGUGUUUCUUUCAUUACUGUCAUUCUGUUUGUUUGUUUCGACGUUAGCGUUGGCCGGGCAGAGGAAUCGGCUCACGGCCGAGGUGGACGAUCUCAGGCACCGUUUGACCACGUCUUCUGUUCUGGAAACUACAACACCAAUCAACGUAGACACAACAACUACUACAGAAGAUUCAACUACAGUCAAGACUGAGCCUCCCGUCUCAGAGGGCAACAACCCAGUGGAAGAGAACAAGGAAAACGGAGUAGGGAAAGACGAUGAAAAUCUUUUUCCUCUCGUUGUCAAGGAUAAGUCACUGCUCCAGUUAAUGGGCUAUGCAGCUUAGAAAGUAAAAGAGCUGUCAAUAAUGUAUGCAAACAUCUAAAUGAAUACAAAAAAGGUAACAGCCAGUUGAACAAUAUUACAAAUUAGUAUGUGACCUAUGAUAUGUUCAUGGAUCUUAAACUAUGAACAUAUAAAAAUGCUUGAUGAAUUAUGUGUUAACGCGGCACGUUUUAAAAUGUUUGACAACGUGGCUUUAAUUGUUUUUCUGUUAUCUAUGUAUUGUUUGGUUGAACAGUUCUUUGUAUCGAUAUUAGUAUCGAGCCACAACCAAGCAAUAUCGUUAAAUGAUAUUUUCGUAAUACUACACGAUUGGUCACUUAAAUAAUUUUAAGAUUGUAAAAUUCGAAUUGGUUUGAAUAAAAAAUCACAGUCUAGUGCUGUU